AUGAAAUUUGAAACUUGUUUAGGUAAAAGAAAAUUAAAGGCCAAAAGCACCUCCUCCUCCGCUAUCAUCACUAACGACGUCUCUCCUGCGUCUUCCUCCGCCUCUCAGCAUCGCGAUAGCUUCGAGAUCGGCGGAGGCGCCAUCGACCAAGCUCGGCUGCACUAUAAAAAGGCCUCCGUCGCGUCUCUACGUUCAGUCCUCCUCGCUAUUUCCAAUGCGCACAAGUCCGAAUCAGUUUUGACAAGCACUUCAGGAUCAGCAUCCGAGCUUAUCUUAAGAACGGAACUUGCAGAGAAGAACAAGUAUCUCAAUAUUCUGAUCGAUCAGCUCCGUGGCCUUUUAGGCGAUAUAUCCACGUGGCAAAGUCAUUGCAGAGUAUGAGGCUAUUUUAAGGUAUGAGAUCAAUAAUAAGGUAUCUCA